GGCAAUCCGUGGCAAAUGUUAAUUAAUGGCGAAGUGAGUUUUCGAGAGAUAAAAUUUGUGAGGAAAUUUCGUGUGCGCUAAAUGGAAAGAUGGAUUCACAGAGCAGCCAAUCCAGCAGCAAGUCGUCCGCCCAGCCCGUCGACAGAUUCAAGUUGCUCUACAUGAACGUAAACGAGGACGAAACUCCGCUGCCAAGAAGCUGGAGUUCUCAGGACAAGUGCAACACCAUUGGAUUGACCCAAAAUAAUUUGCGUGUUCACUACAAAGGAAUUGGAAAGUCACACAAUGAUGCAGCCUCAGUGCGAACGGCUCAUCCAAUUCCGGCCACAUGUGGCCUGUACUACUUCGAAGUGAAAAUAAUAUCAAAGGGGCGCGAUGGCUACAUGGGCAUCGGACUCACGGCCCAGAAUUUCAAGAUGAAUCGACUUCCAGGAUGGGAUAAGCAAUCGUACGGUUAUCACGGUGACGAUGGCAAUUCCUUCUCAUCGUCCGGAGCUGGAAAGCCAUACGGACCGACUUUCACGACGGGCGACAUUAUAGGUUGUGGCGUGAAUUUGGUGGACAACACGUGCUUCUAUACGAAGAACGGCCAUCACUUGGGCAUCGCGUUCAGAGACUUGCCGGCCAAAUUGUAUCCCACUGUGGGCCUCCAAACGCCUGGGGAGGUUGUGGACGCCAACUUUGGUCAGGACCCGUUCAAAUUUGACAUCGAAGAUAUGCACAAAGAGCUCAGAGCUGCCACGAAAGCUUCCAUCUACUCGUUCCCGCUGCCCGCCGAUCAGGGCGACUGGACGACAAUCCUGCAUGAAAUGGUGCAAUCGUAUCUCAUUCACCACGGCUACAGUGCAACUGCAGAGGCGUUUGCUAAGGCCACGGGACAGUCCUGCAAGGAAGACAUGCAAUCCGUGAAGAAUCGACAGAAAAUCCUCAAGCUUAUCAUGUCGGGAAGAAUGGGCCAUGCAAUCGAGCAGACGAUGCGCUCAUAUCCUGGCCUGCUGGAGAAUAACCAAAACCUGCUGUUCAUGCUCAAGUGUCGGCAGUUCAUUGAGAUGGUGAAUGGGUGUGAUUUUGAUGGUCCGUCGCUUUCCUCAUCGGCAUCAGCGUCAUCGCGAACGAGUCCUGUGCAGACGUCGGUGAUUCAGUCCACGAAGGCGUAUCAGAACGGCGCGGCGGCCGCACAGAGCAAUGGCACGCUCAUAUCCGAUCAAAUCAGCGACAAUCACGAAGGGAAGACCAGCGUAACAAGCAAUAGUAGUUCAAAUUACACUCCAAGUAACAACAAUCUGACUGAUGCCCAUCUCAAUCAUGUGGAGAUCAACAACCAAAUAAAUUCACACACCUCCAGUGACUAUUGCAAUGAUGUCGAAAUGGAGAAUGGCCAUAUUGCCAAUGGUAAUAGUUAUAAAAAUGGUACUUCAGACAAUAUAAACGACUCGAUAGACGGCGAUGAGAAGAUGGAUGUUGAUAGUGCUGUUAGCAAUAAGUCCAGCAAGUCCGGUGUCGAGAGGAUGCUCGAGUUUGGUCGGGAGUUGUCUCAAAUGAGUCAGAGACUGGAGAAGGACAAUGGGCCCAAUGAGGGAAAUCGAAAAAUGCUUGAGGACGCAUUUAGUUUACUGGCGUAUUCGAAUCCAUGGUCGAGUCCGCUCGGGUGGCAAUUGUGUCCGUCACGACGAGAAGCUGUCUGCUCCGCUCUCAACUCUGCCAUACUAGAAUCUAUGAAUUAUCCCUGGCAAUCACCACUGGCCGUGUGCGUGGCCCACGGAUACGAGUUGCGGAAUUUGAUGGCAAAAUCUUCACUUGGGGCGUGUGCGUUUGUCGACGAUGUCAUUCGUUAUCACUGACCAAACACAAAAACCACGAUCUCGGACAUAAUAUUUUCUAUUUUUAUGAACAUCUAAGUUUAAAAGGAUGGCUAGAGAGGAGGAAAACACUCAUUAUUGAUUAGAAAGAGAGAGAGAGAGAGGGCGAUUGGAGGAUGAAACACACAUGUUUAAAGGAUCUAUUUAGGCAGAAGAAGUAUAAAAUCAUUGAUAGGAUUUAUUCAAAAAAAAGAAAAGAGAAGAAAUAUCAAAAUUCAAUUUUUUAUGUUGAGAAAAGCGAAUGAUUUUGUGUUGUCUUAUUGAAAUUAAUCUUUUUUCCUUUGAGGAAUAUUUAUAAUGCGAAAUUCUUUGGUUUAAGGCAUCAGAAUGUUUAAUUUUUUUUUAACUGAAAUUCGGAAUGCGAAAUUGCUGUAAUGUUUAAACGAAAAUUUACUUUUAGAUCGAAUACACUUGCAAUCACCUUUCCUUUGAGUAGUAAUUCUUCUCAUGAUUGGUGAGAAAGGCAAGUAUGGUGUAGUGUUUAAGAGGUUUUCUGAGGAGGAUAUUAAAGAAGAAAAUGUUGCGCAAAGUGUAGAUUGUCGUAGUGUAAAGUUCUCGCGAUAAAGCUAUUGAGAUUUCUGUGGAUGCGUAGGCGUUUCUAGGAAGAGUCUUGACAUUGUUCGUUCUCAAAUUUUCUCUUCAAAUAUGUAUAUAAUUCUUUUUAUCAGUUUUAAUGCAAUAUACAAAGAAAUGAGCAAAUUUCCUGUAGUUAUUUAUUUAUUCGUCUCUCAAUGGACACUUUCUCAAGCAUAAGUGACUUUUCUUUCAAUCGCAACUUCACGAUUGCUAAAACCCCGCUAAAAAGGGUAAAGAAUCGUGAAGACUGUGUAAAAACUCUCUAAAAUUUGCACGCUUGAUGCGUAUUGUUUGAAAUCUUUUGGAUAAACCAAUUCUUUUCUUCUGGGAUCAUCGAGCCUUGUGUAUAAAAGAGUGUGAAAAGUAUAUUUUACUGCCAGAAAAUGUGUAGAGAAGAAUGUGGAGAAGAGCACUAUUUUAGCAGGAAAGAGUCAAUCCCGUGACCAGGAAACAUAAUUUUGCCUCCUAAAAUGUGAAAAAAACAAGCAGAAGCAAACAAUCUAGUGUUAAAUUCAUUAUAUCUUAUUUUUUAACAAUACAAAGAUGAAGUACAUUAAGAACAGUAAAUAUAUAGAAGGAAGUAAAGCAGAAAGCAUAUUUAAAUAGAAUGUGGAGAAAACACAAGAAAACACUUGAUAAAUAUACCUAAUGAGAAAAAAAUAUUAAGGAAGAGAAAAACUCUAUAUGAAAACAUAUUUUAGAGAGAUGAUAAGGAGAGUAGAAAAGAGAGAAGAUUAACGUUAUUUUAUCAUAAGGUGCGAUAAUCGACGGUUUGUAGCUUGUAAAUGUAAUACACCUCGAUAAAAUUCAAUUAAGUACAUAAAAUAUUUACUAACUAUUGAAGAAAGCAUAAUUAAUUAAAAAUUCUGAUAUACAUAGAUAACAAGAAAGUGUAAUUAGAAGACAGAAAAAAAUCAUACGUGUUACAUAAAAGGAAAAUACAUGAAAAAGAAAGCAAAAAAAUACUA